GAAACUUUUGCUAUCAAAGGUUGUGUACUUGUGUAAAACACAUCUACACGAGCGUAUCGUCAGGUGUGGAAGUAAUCAUCGUGAUUUGGAAGAGCUGAGCUGAUGCAAAGCUAAGCUAAGUUUUGUUCUAAUUGAGGGGAGUGUGCAAUUUUGGUGAUUACAUGCUCUCCUUGUACCCCAUUUUUAUACCCAUGACUAAAUUUAAUUUUCAUCAAUAUCUCUAAAUCUUCUGUCCACAUCCACUUUUUCUCCUCAUUUAUUAGUACUACCCAGCUCCAGAUCUGAUGGGUUUUCACCUAUAUCUGCUGAAAGUGAGUAAAGAUUCAAUCUUUAUGUGUAAACACUGAAAAACCCUUUUGUCAUAUGUUUAUUUAGUUUUGGGUUUUUAGUAUGAUGAAAGUUUCUCAAAAAGAUACAGAGAAAUUUGUCUGGGAUCAUAUGAGGAACACUCCAGGGACACCUAUGUCUGUGACUCAAUCACAGACUAGAGCUUUGCCAAAGCUGUUGGUUUGGUUAAUAGUGUUUGUUACAGCUACUUAUAUUGUUUAUACUCUUAAGCUUGUGAUUAAUUCUCCUUCUUGUGAUGAUGAGAUUUUUCCUGCAAUUAGUCAUACAAGUAUUUCUCUUCACACGUCGAAAGAUGGGAAUUUUAGUUCAUUGCCUGAAAAUCAAGAUUUGUUCAGGGAAACUGAGGUGAAGGAUAUAGUGUUCGGCAUUGCUGCUUCGGCAAAAUUGUGGGGAAAGCGGAAGAAUUAUAUUAAGCUGUGGUGGAAGCCUGGGAAAAUGAGGGGAAUUGUUUGGUUGGAUAAUGCGGUGAAGUCUAAGGAAGAGGAGGGGUUGCCCCCUCUGAGAAUCUCCGGGAAUACGUCUCGGUUUGCUUACAAGAAUAGGCAAGGCCACCGGUCUGCUAUUCGAAUAUCGAGGAUAGUUUCGGAGACGCUGCGAUUGGGGAUGGAAAAUGUGAGAUGGUUUGUGAUGGGAGAUGAUGAUACAGUUUUUGUAACUGAAAACUUGGUGAGAAUAUUGAAUAAGUAUGAUCAUAACCAGUAUUAUUAUAUUGGGAGUUUAUCUGAGAGUCAUUUGCAAAAUAUAUUUUUUUCGUAUGGGAUGGCUUAUGGGGGUGGCGGUUUUGCUAUUAGUUAUCCAUUAGCAAAGGCUCUUGAGAAAAUGCAGGACAAAUGUAUUCAGAGAUAUCCGGGAUUGUAUGGCUCUGAUGAUAGAAUGCAGGCUUGUAUGGCUGAACUUGGUGUCCCACUCACUAAAGAAACCGGCUUUCACCAGUAUGAUGUUUAUGGUAAUUUAUUUGGACUUCUUGCGGCACAUCCAGUGACACCAUUGGUGUCCUUGCAUCACCUUGAUGUGGUGGAGCCCAUAUUUCCCAAUGUUACACGGGUGGAAGCUUUAAAGAGAUUGACAAUACCGAUGAAGCUGGAUUCAGCAGGUCUCAUACAACAAUCCAUUUGUUAUGAAAAAAAGAAGACUUGGACCAUUUCAGUAUCAUGGGGAUUUGCCAUUCAAAUAUUGCGGGGUGUCCUAUCACCACGUGAGAUAGAAAUGCCUUCAAGGACAUUCUUAAAUUGGUACAGAAGAGCAGAUUACACUGCCUAUGCUUUCAACACGCGUCCUGUUGCUCGAAAUCCCUGUCAGAGACCCUUUGUGUUUUACUUGUCAAGGGCGAGAUUUGAUUCUAUCACUAACCAAACAGUGACUGUAUAUGAUCGACACCGAGUCCCUCAUCCUGCAUGCAAGUGGAAUUUGACAUCUCCUGCCGAAAUAGAUAGAAUAGUGGUUUACAAGAAACCUGAUCCGCAUCUAUGGGACAGGUCCCCAAGGAGAAACUGUUGUCGGAUUUUAGAGUCGAAGAAGAAAAGCAUGGUUUUGGAUGUCGGCGUAUGCAGGGAAGGGGAGAUUACUGAAAUAUAAGGAUUGUCCAUCGAACAAGUUCCCUUCUUCUCAGGUGUAAUUUACUAUGUUGAAUUAAGUUCUUGGCUUUAUUUCUUGAUUUGUUAAUCUUCACACCCUUGAAAAUUUCCAGGCUAUGGUCUUCCUUGGGCCACUGAUAGUAUUUAGGCAUUAGAGGAAGAGACUAUUAAUGUUAAAAAAUUUAGAACAUAAUGUAACGCAUAUAGUGUUCAAUUCUAUUGCAGCGGGUAAUCCUUGAUCAAA